AUGGAAGUCCUCUCUAAUAUAUAUGUAAUUGGAGACCGUACUCCACUUCCAGGACCAUCAGAUUAUACAAUAUCUAGAGCUUUCACUGAUAAAAAAGGUAUUGCAAUUUCACCAAGAUUUACCUUUUCAACUUCUCGUCCAGACCCAGCUCUUGUCAACUACAAAAGCACUAUAGGAAAUGGACCAAAGGUUACAAUUGGCCCUCGUUAUUGUGAUAUUAAGAGAGAUGAUGUUCCAGGUCCAAGUUAUGUUCCUCCUCCCUUCGGACAGGUUAACGGUGUUAAGUUUCCAAGAGCAAAGGCUCCAUGUGUACCUAAAAACCUCAAUCCAAGUCCUCAAGAUUAUAGUCCAAUUUAUGAAUCAAACGUAGGAAUACGUAAGAACAUAAUGGCAUCAAUAGGAACAGCAAAACGCCCUUCCAUAUUUAACGGUGAUCCAGAUACUCCAAGUGCUGGUAAUUAUAAUCCAAGAUUCAAAUACAUUCAUGCUGACUCACCAAGAAUUACAAUUGCACAUAAGUACAAAGAGCCUAAAAAGGAUAGAACAGGUGAAUAUAUCGCUCCAAGAACUACUUUAAGUGCUCGAGGAUGUGAUUUUGGACGUGGAUCACGUCGUGUUCCUAUUAUGCAUUAA